AUGCUUCAGUGGAGAAGACGACACUGCUGCUUUGCAAAGAUGACCUGGAAUACCAAAAGGUCUCUGUUUCGCACCCAUCUCAUUGGCCUGAUCUCUCUCGUAUUUCUUUUUGCUAUGUUUCUGUUCUUUAAUCAUCAUGACUGGCUGCCAGGCAGGGCCGGGUUCAAAGAAAAUCCCAUGGCUUACACUAUACGAGGAUUUAGAUCUACAAAAAGCGAGACAAACCACAGCUCUCUAAGGAACGUGUGGAAAGACGCCGUACCUCAGACACUCAGGCCUCAAACAGUCACCAACUCCAACAACACAGACCUGUCGCUGCAAGGAGUAACUGGUUUGGAAAAUACACUCAGUGCCAAUGGAAGUAUUUACAAUGAAAAAGGUACCGGGCAUCCAACUUUGUAUCAUUUCAAAUACAUCAUCAAUGAGCCUGAGAAAUGCCAAGAGAAGACCCCUUUCCUAAUAUUGCUCAUAGCUGCAGAGCCGGGCCAGGUGGAAGCUCGACAAGCUAUUCGACAAACUUGGGGUAACGAAAGCCUGACACCUGGCAUCCAAAUUGUUCGUAUUUUUUUGCUGGGGUUAAGCAUCAAGCUAAACGGAUACCUCCAGCGUACCAUACUAGAGGAAAGCAGACAGUACCAUGACAUCAUUCAACAAGAGUACUUAGACACCUACUAUAAUUUAACCAUUAAAACUCUGAUGGGAAUGAACUGGGUUGCAUCUUAUUGUCCACGUGUUCCAUAUGUUAUGAAAACUGACAGCGAUAUGUUUGUCAAUACUGAAUAUUUAAUACACAAGCUCCUGAAACCAGAACUUCCUCCAAGGCACAAGUAUUUCACAGGUUAUUUAAUGAGAGGUUAUGCACCUAAUAGAAACAAGGAUAGUAAGUGGUAUAUGCCACCUGAUUUGUAUCCAAGUGAACGUUAUCCUGUAUUCUGCUCUGGGACUGGUUACGUUUUUUCUGGAGAUUUAGCAGAAAAAAUCUUUAAAGUCUCCUUAAGCAUCAGACGUUUACAUUUAGAGGAUGUAUACGUGGGGAUCUGUCUUGCCAAGCUGCGAAUUGACCCUAUGCCUCCACCCAAUGAGUUUGUCUUCAAUCACUGGCGAGUUUCUUACUCCAGCUGUAAAUAUAGCCACCUAAUUACCUCCCAUCAGUUCCAACCUAGUGAACUGAUCAAAUACUGGAACCACUUACAACAAAAUAAGCACAAUGCCUGUGCCAAUGCAGCGAAAGAAAAAGCAGGCAGGUAUCGCCAUCGUAAACUGCACUAG